CUAAUCAAUUCUUUCACUGAUGGCUUAAACAACUGAGUUCUUAUCAACCUCUCACUAAAUCACACUGUAACUUGACAACAUAAUCUCUUAAUUUAUAAGCAAUUUUCCGAUCUCUUGGCAUGCCUUACUAUUUACAUAAGAAUGCUGCAAUGAACUCUGGGCCAAAAGUGAUGUUCGUUGUUUAUCUUCUUAAACGUCUGAUCCUGUCUUUUGUAAACACAGCACAAUGUGUAAACAUGUAAAACUCAAAAUCGAACGUUCUGUUCUCUUCAAGUGGAUUGGAAGAUGUCUUUUCGUCUCCAUUAUACUUGUUCAGGUUUUGGUGCUCAACCAGUAUCUGGUGUCGUAUGAGAAGGAAUCUUCAUUCCAAGCUUUCACCCUUGCUUAUGUCCCUACAUUGCUUCUAUGGGCUAAAGGACAAAUGAACAAUCGACAACGCGAGGUGGCAGCUGGAGUAUGGUUCUUGUACAUUCUACCUCUCUGCAUUCACGGUGGAUGGAUUCUGGGAACAUUGAUGUCCAAAAUCAACGUCGAUUCUUCUGGACUCGAUCAUGGCACUGUGAAAUAUCCUUUCUGCGCUACCGUGUUGGUGUAUAUGUUGUUGGAUGCUGACGGCUUUGAACCCAGCUUUCAUAUGAACAUAAACUGGCCGGUUAUCAUCGACAUAUUUGACGUUGUAAAUCUUCUGGACGCCAUUAUCGAUCCGAGAAAAAACGAAGUUUUACCGAGUGAUAUCGACUAUUGCAUAUUUGCGUUUUCCGUUUUAAGUAUGAUAAUUCUUACUUUCAGUUUUGCCGUACCAGUGAGGGAGGCACUUCGGAACAAAGAUGAUACUAAUCAAUCACAAGCGAGAAUUUUCACUACAUACACACUGUUACAAUCGAUUGUUGUCAAUCUACCAUUUCUUAUAAUACGCCUGGUGCUUCACUAUACAUACAAAACUGGAGGUUCGGUUUUUGCGUUUAAAAAUUUAUUCGUGAUAAUCUUAAAUUUCAUCAGGGUAAACUUCGAUUGUUGUGUCAAAGAGGACGAAGAGGAACCUCAGCCGGCAUUAACUUCGAAUGGUCACACUCCGUCGAACACGGAGGAGUCUGGAAGUGUGAUCCAGUCAACACAAUCGAGCCACUUGGACGAUGUUUCUAGCAUUUCGUCGUCUGUUAAGAGAACGCACAGAGACGAAAGAGUCCGUUCAAGACUUGUGCAAGACAGGGAAGACCCUGAGGAAAUAAUUGUUCUGAGUUAAACGACAAUUCGACUGUUUAGUCGUGGAAGUGCUGUUUAAUUUUAUUUUGCUAAUUAUACUUUUAAAAGGUCACAAACACUUCAUUAACAUGAUCGUGAAAAUACAGCCAAUUUAUGCCGAGAUAUUUGGUAGCUGUUUAAGAAAGAGACACUAAAGACUAUUGAAACCUCAGUCACUUGGAAGAAUCUUGAAUAAAGUGACACAAAUAAGGAGAUCUUUCACUGGAAUCAUGAACAGAACCUUUUCAACAUCAUGUGAUCCAAAUCGUAAACGUUAUCAAAAUAUUCUCUUGUUUAGAGUUACUCGAGCGGAAAUACAAUUCCAUUUUGUACACAAUAUGAAUGAUGUCCUUUCUUUAUUAAAAAUUAGUUGAGCCUC